AUGGCUAGAGAAAAGCAGAUGAAGCGGACACAUUCGUCCGUUUUCGCAAAACGAGAAGUCUCCCCGCCAGCGACGAAGAGGAAAAUCGAGUCCACGACCACAAGAGAGGCCGUUGCCAACUUCUUCAAACCUCCAUCGAAGAAGCCGUUCCAGCAUCUCGCGUGGCGCACUGUUGACAAUAGCUGCUUAGUCGCCAAAUACUCCACAAGGCCUCCAGUGGACAAUCAGGCUGUUCCUGUGAAGAAGCGUGUUGCGGCUUUCGAUCUUGAUGGUACCCUGAUUUUGACUAAGUCGGGGAAUACGUUUCCCAGGAACGAACACGAUUGGAAGUGGUGGAAUCACUGUGUUCCAGGGAGGAUAAAAGAACUAUACUCUAAAGGGUAUCAGGUGGUUAUAGUUACAAAUCAAAAGAAGGUUCUCUUGAAGAAGGUCGGCAAAGGCGCUAUUGGUGACUCCAAAAGUUUGACGAUUUUUAAAUCCAAGGUUUCAAUGAUAUUGAAGGAUCUCGAUGUGCCGCUGAGCGUAUACGCAGCGACGGAGUAUGAUGAAUAUCGAAAACCGCGAAUGGGGAUGUGGAAGCUGAUGCUGGAUGAUUAUGACUUGGACGUCGAAGGUGUCCUCGACUUGGAGGGAUCGAUAUUCGUAGGUGAUGCAGCGGGACGUCCCACAGAUCAUUCCUGCGUUGAUCGGAAUUUUGCGUCCAACAUUGGCUUGAAGUUUUAUACACCAGAGGAGUUUUUCCUCGGAAAACCUCAAGAAGGGGUGGAAGCCUUCAACCCGAAGAACUUCAUCCUAGACGGCACGAGUAGGUCAUCUCUCCCGUUUCCAGAGUCUCAUGGUCAAGAGCUCGUAAUAUUCUGCGGGAGCCCGGGUGCGGGGAAAUCAACUUUUUUCUGGAAAUAUCUCGAACCGUUGAAAUACAAGCGGGUAAAUCAAGAUAUCCUUAAAACUCGUCCCAAAUGCCUGAGUGUUGCAGCAGAAUAUUUGCAAGCCGGAGAUUCUGUGGCAGUCGACAAUACGAAUGCAGAUCCUGAAACACGAGCCUACUGGGUGAAACUGGCAAAGGAGCAUGACGUCCCGAUUCGUUGUGUAUAUCUUUCUACUCCAGCAAGCAUAUGCGCACACAACAAUGCUGUCCGCGCUGCAAACCCAAGACUUGAAUCCUUGAACCCUGAGAAACGCACAUUCCUCCCGGAUGUUGCUUUUCGAAGUUUUGCGAGCCGGUUUGAGAAGCCGCAGCUCUCAGAAGGUUUCGAGGAUAUAAUCCAUAUCGAUUUUCAGUUUGAGGGGGAUCCAAUCACGAGAGAGCUGUGGGCACAGCAUUGGGUGUAGAAAAGGCUGGAUGUUUAUCCUUAUUGUCACGAUAUGAAUGACUGCUCCAUGGCACCACACUAGACGUGGAAGAUGACUUGAAGAUGCCUGAUGACGCUCUCUCCUGUGCUGGUAGCACAGAUCCGAUUUGAUCUGGUCUGGUCGCUAUGGGAUUAUCAGACGGAAUGGAAAUGUAUGACGGAUAGCAUUUGUUCUCCGACUGACUGCGGAGUACGUAUCCCAUACGUGUGUCUGAAUGCAGCAGAUCGAACCAUUAGCAUAUAUUGUAACCGCCAAGCUUCCGUCUGGAGAUGCUGGAGCCCGAUUCACCCAAGAAAUCACUGCCGGUAGGGAAGAGAUCUGGACGGAAAUGUGGAAGGAAUAUGGACUAACGGAGGUAUGUCGGUCCAGAUUAAGAUCGGCCGGUAUGAAGCCUUGCCGGCAGUGGGCCGGAUCUGUCAUCGGAUAUGCAGAUCUUUUAACUAUCCAGAGCUCUCCCGCCUGAUCGACAUAGUUCCAUAAGAAGUCUUUGCGCAUGUUAAGCCUAGACUAAUCGAUUUCUUUCCUUUUUUC